GAAGAGCAUAGCACCCAGACUCAAAGCGAUUAGCUUCAUAACAGUGGAGUUUGUGUGUCUAUGUUAACGAGUCCCAUUUGAAGUAGAAAAAUGAGACUUAGGUCUCAAAGAACCGUUGCAUGUUACUCGGAGACGCCGAAGAGCACACGUCGACGGUCCAACAAAGCGACGCCGAGAACAACGCGCUUAUCGGGGGUCGAAAGCCCUCUACAAACCAAGGGUGAAGAUACCUUGGAUAAUGACUCCCACCACUCAGAUGACGAAAUCCCCACAAUGACGAGGAGACCGCUGCCUCGUGUCCGGCCAAGGAAGAGAGCCAUUGCUGUUGAUGACAGAGAAACUGAUUUGGCUUUCAAGACUCCGAUCAGGCCCAUUAUGCGCCCUGAGCGCAUACUGUCAGAGAUCGACCCAGGGUCUCCUUGCAAUACAACAGCCAGAAACAUCUACUCGCCCAUCGUGCGUUUUCUCACACCCACCAAAGAGAAUGUGAAGUGUGCAGGUACUGGAAGCAACGUGUUGAUGAGCCCAGAACAAGGUGUGUUUGGUUUUGGCUCCAUUGACCUUCUGGCUGGAGAAGAGGAUGAUGACAUCUUCAAUCCCUCCACGUUUAUCAAGAAUAUACCGUCGCAAUCUCAGCAUUCUCGUCCCCAACUCAGAGAUAUUCCCCCCAAGACCAGGAGCACCCCAGAGGCCACCCUGGUGGUCGACCUCGAGGAGACCUUGAUGUUCAGCUCUCUGAAUGUGAUCGAGGAAGCAGAGCACACCUUCCACACAGCUUUCCAGGACCAUCAGUACAAGGUGUACAUGAUCCUACGACCACAUGUCAAAGAGUUUCUGCAGUCCAUGGCAAAAGUCUAUGAGCUGUUUGUUUACACAUGUGCAAAGAAGGAAUACGCUGAGAAGAUACUGGACAUCCUGGACCCGCAGAGAAAACUGUUUCGACAUCGUCUGUAUCAGGACGACUGUGCCUGCGUUCUCGGCCACUACAUCAAAGAUCUCAGCAUUCUCGGGAGGGAUCUCGCCAAGACGGUCGUCCUGGACAACGCACCCCACACAUACCCGUACCAUCUGAUGAACACGAUUCCCAUCAAAAGCUGGUCCGGGGAGCCGGAGGACCGAGAGCUCCAGAAGCUCGUCCCCUACAUGGAGAAAAUGUCUGCUGCAGAGGAUUUUCGGGAGGUGCUGAAGAAGAGGAAGGAUCACUUCCACAGGCUGCUGUCGGAGGACUAACGGGACUCACCCACCCCCUCCCUCACUUUUAACUACUUAAUGUGACUUUCCCAGCUCAUUGUUUGCUUUCUUUAUGCUUUGGCUAAAAGCAGAAUCCAGUUGGAACUAGCUAACCUUUGUGGUGGACCUGCUCUCUCUCCUCCAUGAUGACUUUAAAGGACGGCAGAUCGGUAUUUCAAACAUGCUGCUGGUCGUUUGUCACCAAAACCCUGUUUCCCCAAGACUCAUUCCACAGGGCAAUAAACUGCUGCCCAGUGUUUGUGUAUAUUUACAAGACAAAACUUGAAAUAUGUUUUAUUUUUUUUAUUUAUUGAUUUAUAUACUAAUCAACUGCUGUUUUCUCUGUAUAUUUUAGAUAUCCUUUUUAUGCAAGAAAUCACUCUGAUAAUAAAUACGAAAACAAA